UAUUUCUUUUACCGCAGAAGGUUGAUUCGGAAUAAGUUCAGUUUCCGAAACUGGCUGUUUGAUGGUGUUCUCGCGGAUAUUUAUUGAAUUCUGCACAGUGAAUUUUCGAGGAUUUCGGCGGUGGCUAAAAUUAGCAGAAUUUUAGAAAUUCCAGUGUGUGCUCUGGAGCGGUAGCAUGCACAUCGGCCGGAAAUCCGGAGGAAAGAUACCCCGUGUGUUUGGAGGGUGCGAUUCCCUGAGCCUGUUGUCUUCCUUCGCUGACGGGUUUCAGUUUAUCCGCAAGCAAAAAUGGCUUCCAGAGAACGACCCGUUGACUUGUCUGUACCCGGAAAAAUGGGUCGUGGGGGAAAGGCAAGAUCUUUACCGCAAAGCGGACUUGCAUAGGCUCGUCUUCACCUUCCGUCGUGGAACUUGGAAAAAAUUGUUCUUCAAACUUUACUGCACGGACGUGGACGCCCAUGUAACCCAAGUUGUGGAUGCCACUCAAGAUAAUUCCGAUCCCAUCCAGCUGAAUGUUGAGUGUUCGUGGACGAUCUUUGCAAAGCAUCCUGAAAGUUGCGAAGUGCUCAAACUUGCUUAUGCCACUGAUAAUAAUUUUUCGAACACUGUCACCUUCCCAAGACCGCGGACUGGAACCAGGAUUGGAAUUCUUGUUGGAUUUGGGGCUAGUGGACUGCUGUCGUUGGUACUCCUGAUUCUCUUUGUCAAAAUGCAUAGAAAAAAGCAAGGGAUGGUACUUUGGGUAACAAAUGUGACGUGGGCAGAGCAUUUCCAGUUAUUUGAAGAUUUAUUCAAACGCAUAAAUGAUUUGAGUGUCUUUGAAAACAAGAAUUUGCUGGAGUUGAUGAAAAAGACAUCACAGAAUCUUGAGAUGGAAUUACGCAAGUGCCGAGCAGUUGUCCUAGUGGUAGGACCGCGACAUUUCCCAGAAUUGGAGGACUGGUGGAAAGAAGCAUAUCCUCAAGUACUGAGAUAUUUGGUGCUGGAGAAGUAUGCCAAGAAGCUCGUCAUAGUAAAACCGUCGUAUUUUGAAGAACAGAUACAGAUGCGAGGAAGACACACUGUGAUUUACAAUGGAAAGAAUUUGGAAGAUGUAGCCGAAGCAAUUGUUGGAGAAGACUUUGCUUUACUUGAGAUGAUUGGUGCUCGGUCUUAUUCUACGCUUUGGGUCGCCCAAAAAACUUCUGCUUUUGUGAAAGCCGAAAUCCGCGUUUUGAAGUACAAAGCAAAGUUUGAUGCGUCACAACUACAGCUGGUGCACCAGCAAGAUGAUUACUGAUCUGAGGUGCCACCGCCGGAUGUGCGUUCCGUUUGACCUCGAGCCCUGUGUCUGACUUACGCUGUUAUCGAGGAGAGAGUGCACCCCCGGGUUGCGAGUGAGGUGCCUUUUAACUAUGUCGGCGUCGGCUUGCGUGUGUUCCGGCGGAAAGCGGGUGAGCGUUGAUGGAAGUCGGAGGGUGAGGCCAGACGGGAGUGCCUUUCUGGAUGACGCAUGCGCUAUUAUCUGUGAAAAUGUCUGCUGUCGUCUCUAUUUUCGGUGAGAAAAGAGUGCGAGGUUUGCCGGAUUCUGAGGCAUCGUUCGUAAGAAAAUUUCGGUGCCUCCCACGUCGUGGAGAUCGAGUCGGUGAACGGCCAGCGCGUGUAUUGAAUCGAAUUGUUCGUCGUGAAUGUGAGCGUUGAUUCCUGUGAUCAAUGAGUGAAUCCUCAUGCAGCCAACCGUGAGAAGUGGUUUUGAUCGCUUCCGUUGAAUAUUCGCGCUUGAUGGAAGAAACGUUUCAUUUUUACCGUGAUA